AGGCUGAGAGAGGGGAGGCGGGGGAGAUGGAGUGAGCCGGGCCGGACCCCCUGGGGGUGGGGAGAGGGGGGCAGAGGAGGCCCACUGAAGUCAUUUCCGGGGUCGGGGGUUUAUAAGCUGGGCGCGGAGCGCUACUCCUACCGCUGCAGACACUGCUACUGCGGUACUUGAGCCAGUGCGGAGAGCCCUGCGGGCGGACAGACAGACAAACGCAGAUCCAGACGCUGCGCUCCCCAACUCGGCCCCAGCACCGCCGCAGCCGACCCCGGCCGCCGCUCCAGACACCCCUCUCCUGAUACCGCCGUCUCCGCCCCACAUCGCCAGCUGCUCGGCGCCCCGGGUUCGCCAUGCGCUCCGCGGCUGUUCUGGCGCUUCUGCUUUGCGCCGGGCAAGUCACUGCCCUCCCUGUGAACAGCCCAUUGAAUAAAGGGGACACUGAGGUGAUGAAGUGCAUCGUCGAGGUCAUCUCGGACACGCUUUCCAAGCCCAGCCCCAUGCCCGUCAGCCAGGAGUGUUUCGAGACACUCCGAGGAGAUGAGAGGAUCCUUUCCAUCCUGCGGCAUCAGAAUUUACUGAAGGAGCUUCAGGACCUUGCUCUCCAAGGUGCCAAGGAGAGGGCCCAGCAGAAGAAACACAGCAGCUUUGAGGAAGAACUCUCAGAGGUUCUGGAGAACCAGAGCAGCCCAGCCAAGCAGAAAGAGAUGAUGGAAGAGGCACCCUCCGCGGAGACCACAGAGAAGAGAGCAGAUUCGAAUGAGGCGGAGGAGAGUGCUGAGGUCACAGAAGCCCGACCCCACUCCCUGGAGCUCGGGCAGGAGUCCACGACCGAGGCUUACCCCCAAGGCCUCCCGGAGGCGGACACCCACCCCCACAUCCCAGCCCACUUCUCCAGCCAGAGACCCACCGGCACACAGGCCGAGGAAGACAGCGAGGGACUCUCUCAGGUUCUGGUGGACAGCGAGAAGGGCCUGAGUGCCGGGCAGGAGCAGCAGGAGAAGAGACAAGAGGAGGAGGAGGAAACGGAGGCGGAGGCUAGGGAGAAGGUUGUCCCCGAGGACGAAGGCCCCACCACAACAUCCCAGCCCCACCCGAGCCUCAGUUACAAGGAGAGCCAGAAAGACGAGGGUCCAUCUGAGGUCCUGGCCGUGGACAGCGUGGUGAAGAUAGGGGCCGAGGAGGCUCAGUCCCCUGAGGGGAAGAGGGAGAGGGAGCACGCCCUGCAGCAGGAGGUCGCGGGGAGGCCGCGAGCAGAGCUGAAGCGGCAGGAGGGAGAGGAGGAGGAGCAGCUCUCCAAGGAGUGGGAAGAUGCCAAGCGAUGGAGCAAGAUGGACCAGCUGGCCAAGGAGCUGGCAGCCGAGAAGAGGCUAGAAGGGGAGGAGGACGAUGACCCUGACCGCUCCAUGAAGCUCUCCUUCCAGAGCCGCGCCUAUGGCUUCCGUGGCCCCAGGCAUCAGCUGCGACGAGGCUGGAGGCCGUCCUCCCAGGAGGACAGCAUAGAGGCAGGCCUGCCCCUCCAGGUCCGCAGCUACCCCGAGGAGAAGAAGGAGGAGGAGGGCAGCGCCAACCGCAGACCAGAGGACCAGGAGCUGGAGAGCCUGUCGGCCAUCGAGGCAGAGCUGGAGAAGGUGGCCCAGCAGCUGCAGGCCCUGCGGCGGGGCUGAGGUGCUGCGGGAGGGGCCGCCGGGCCCUCAGGCAUGCUGUGGUCUGGGCUCUGCUGCCCCCUUGCAGGUCCUGGCCAGAUGGUCCAGAUGCUGCUUCCGGUAGGGAGAUGGCCUCCAGCCGCCCCAGUCCAGGCCACCCUGUCACCACCCCCAUGCUCCUUUCCUUUUGCUCUCAUCCCCGCCCUGGAACGCCUCUGCCGGGUGGGCCCCCAUGACUUUCAACAUCAAUGAGCCCUUCUCUGAACACAGGCAGCUUUCUAGAAGUUUCCUAUCCACCAUCACAUCCUCUGGGCACAACUGCAAUAACUUCCGACUUUUUGGUGAAAGCUGAGAACUCUUGACUGUAAUGUAGUCUAUAAAAAGUUUUACCUAAAGAAAAAUAAAUCCGUUCUGGGCUCUUU